CAGACGAAGCCCAUUGGUCAGGACGAGCGUCCAUCAAACCCUGAUUCGCUGUUUUCCAGUAAUCCUAUCUUAUUCUGGACUCACAGGGAAUGGUCUACGAGUGAAGACGGGGGCAGUCUUCUUUAAAAGCUGGUUUAUUGGAUAUUACAGCCGAAAUCGCACUGAGAAGGGCACCUUGCUACAUCAGAGGGCACCCCGUGUCACGCUUCACAGGAUGUCCAGCAUGGUGCUACUGUAGUGGAGAGAAACACCACAUAAGGAUCUACAAACAGGGUUGAUCCAGUUGAUCACCAUGCCUCAUCUAAGUGACAGUCCGAGCUUAAAGCCUAACUUCAAUCCUGUCUGGCUCAUCUUUCUUCUACUGGGUCUUUCAGUUACACACUCUCAUGCAAACCAUGUGCUCACUGUACCGCAGCAGGUGAGCCUGUCACCCAACCUGAACACACAGCAACUCUCCAUAUCCUGGUUGGGAGGAGCCGACUCAACCUUUGACCUCAUGAUUCUACGAACUGAACUCAAUGAAACUGCCUUCUAUGAGACCGUGUCUGUGACAGUGGAUCUGGUUAGUGGUCGGCACCAGUGGAACUGGACCUCACUGGAACCUCUUGAGUGUACCUCGCUGUCCGUAGAAAUCCGCUCAAGAGACGGUCAGACUACAAGUGCAUGGAGCAAUACUCAGAUACUACAAGGAAAUGAUAUCCCCAGCAAUGAAAAAUUCCAGAUGUACCCCCAGGACAGAAUUGUACCUGUUGGAGCUAAAACCACCUUCUGUUGUAUCGUGGGGGAAGGGAUGAUCUUCGAUUCCAUCCACUACAGCAACUUAGUCAUGAACGCAUCACGGCUGAGCAGGCGAACGUACGCCACCACGGUGGAUCAUCAGGGAGCAUCUGCCAGUACUGGAACCAAUGUCUUCUGUUACAACAAGCUGAAGACGCAACUGACUGGAGCGGUGGUGUUUGUUGGCUAUACACCUCUGCCCACUGAUCUUGUGUGUGAGACUCGUGACUUGACCUCAGCUGUGUGCAGAUGGAACGAAGGUCGAGACACACACUUGUAUGGCAGACGAAGAACACGCUACUCGCUGAACAAGAGGGACUGUACUGGAGGCAGCCUGCAGCAAAAGCAGAAAGAGUGCAGUGUGGAAAAGUGGGAGGAUAACUGGACACUGUUGGCAGUCAAUCCUCUCGGCCAGCACAGCCUCUCUGACUCUGCUCAACUCACUCACAGAGUGCGUCCAGUAGCACCAGUUAACGUGACCACAGUCGCUAAUGCCUGGAGCGCCACUGUGAAGUGGCAGUGGAAGCAUGAGGGCUAUUCCUCCCUGGCUCUUGUCUGCCAGGCAGAGGUGACCUCUCAUGGGCUCAAAACAAAGCGUACAUACUCGGGUGUGGGUCUGCGGUCGGUGGUUCUCUCAGACCUGUAUCCUGAUGAGGAUUACAGUGUCCAAGUCCGCUGCGGUGCCCAGCAGAAUUUCUGGAAGUGGGGAAACUGGAGCGAACCAUUUCCCUUCAAAACCAAUAUUGAUGUUCCAGAUGCUCCUGAUGUGUGGAUGUGGAUGAACAAAGACAACACUGCGCAGGUCCUUUGGAAGCCUCUCACUCAUCGACAGAGCCACGGUCAGAUCACCGGCUAUGAAGUCACUCUCUGGACGUCGGAAGAAAGCGUACAGCACACAGAAAUCUUUCCACCAGAAACAUCUGCUGUACCGAUCAACCUCACACAGAUUGACGCCUUCAGCAGUGACAACAAGGUCAUAGCAACAGUCAUCGUAAAAAACAACAAAGGGGUGUCUCAGCCUGCGAGUGUGCUCAUACCUCUACAUUUGACAGAUGUUGAUCAUUUUGCUGUUUCGAAGGCGGUUUAUACAGACAGAGGUUUCCCUCUGCUCUGGCAGAGUGAUGCCAAUGCCACCUGUGGUUAUGUGGUAGAAUGGUAUGAUGCAUCCUGCUCAAACUGCCCUGUCGAGUGGAUCAAGGUGUCCAAUGGAAACACUAAUAUCUCCAUUGAGUCAGCCAACUUCCAGCCAGGUGUGAUGUACAACUUCUCCCUGUACAGCUGCUCCUCUGAGGCCCCAGAGCUGCUGCAGCGCUGGCAGGGAUACAUGCAGGAGCUGGUUCCGUCAGUUCUCUCACUGUCAACCAGCCAGCAGGACUCUGAUGUUCUCCUUACCUGGAGAGAGGUCCCGUUGGUCAACAGAAGAGGCUUCCUCCUGGGAUACAGUUACAUCAGUAAUGGCUCCCAGCUCACACUACUAGCCAACCUAUCAGAUGUAACAAGCAGGAGCUACACAGUGAAAGGUCUCUCUGAGGGCUCCUAUAAAUUCACUGUUAAGGCGUACACCUUAGCAGGCGAGGACACAGGCGCCACCGCCUCCAUCACACUGGAGCCAUACACUGAUUGGCUCAUCCUGGAAAUCUUGGCUUCUCUGGGAAUCACAGCCUUAUUCCUGGUCAUUGUCACCUUCAUUUGCUACAAGAAAAGGAAUUGGGUGAAAAAGGCUUUCUACCCAGACAUACCUGAGCCCAAGCUGCCUGGUGAAUGGUCCAGGACUCAGGGGCCGAUGGAUGUGAAGCCAUCUCCUCACAGCAUGGUCCGUAUUGUCGAAAAGCCUGAUUGGGAUUCCAGUAAAGAGGCUCUGGUUGUCAUCCCCGAAGAAGACGAGGAUGAAGAAGGGCAGGGAAUAGGAGAUGAGCCAGUUGAUACAGACGAGCCAACAUCAUUACGCUACUACAACCAGGUGGUAGAUGAGCGGCCCAUAAGACCACGUUUUCCAGACUCCUCUGCUUCUUCUGCAUCCUCUUUGGAUUCAGCACGCACUGAUGUGACAUACACAGGGAUUCAGACCUCAGGGUCUUCUUUGGUCUUCCAGCUGGAUCCUCAGGGCUCAUCUGAGACCCAGCAACCCCAGGCUGAUCUUUCAGUCAGCUGUCGAGGUGGAGGAGGGGGUUACCGGCCCCAGAUGCAAUCUAGAGCCCAAAAUAAUGGCUUUGACUUAGCUUCACCCGAGCCAUUCUUAGAGCCUCAUGCUUCCAGCUCUGGGGGCUACAAACCCCAGUGUUCCUGGCAUUUGGACUCCCCCGAGGAGGCCGGGGAAAAUUUUGGCCUGGCACCUUCUCUGGGAUCUCCCACGUCAGUUGCUUCCACUCAGUUCCUCCUCCCUGAUGGAGAGGAAGACACAGAAGAGAAACGACAGCCAUCUUCAUCAGCAGCAACCUGGUUCACCAACCUGCUGUCCUCCACAAAACCGUGAUAUCAUCUCUCACUCACUACUAGCAGCCAGGCCAGGGAGGGUGGCUUAUAGUACAGAUUUAUUUCUAUCUUUAUUAUUAUGCAUAGCACCUAUGGGCUGGUUAGAUACUCGCUCUGAUGUAGCACUGCAUUCAUACAGUUGCACAUUCAGGUUACAUAUGCUAUUUAAUUUGGUCUACGGAAAACCCAUAUUGAGUUAACUUUCCUCUUCAUGUAAAGACCGUAAAUAUCCGAUCCUGUAUAUUUAUACGUCAAAACAUUUCUACUCCUACAACAAGUCCUCCUCAUACCUCCACUACACUACACAUCGAUCCCCCCCCCGGCAUUGUGGGCUGUUGUGUCCUCCCACUGCCUAUUCUGUGACUCCCCAUUAUGGGCAUUUGGCAAUUGCAUAUCUUGUGUUACUGAUGAGAUUAUUGAGUUUUUAGUUUGCAUUUCAGAUGUGUUUUAUGUUUUGUUAUGUGAAAUUGAUUACACUAAAGAAGAAAACGGAGAGCAAGAAAUGACUGAACACCCAUAAGAAAAGGACAUUUCUGGAAGAACACUAAAACAGUCAAGUAGAAGGUGGCCGUGAAGAAAGGAAACCUUCCCACUCGUUGGUAGACGUGUAUUCUGCUGGUCCGUUUUGGGAUCACCUUGCUUGUUUGAUACAGCUGAUGAGCCACUAAAAGGGUGAAAGAAACAUUACCAAAUAUGGAGGUUUGUUAAGUUGGAACUGUCCUGGAUCAAUUCUGAGGUAGCUCCAAUCCUAGCUUAGGUGGUGUAUUUGUCACAAAAAUCACUGUCUGAACUGAGGGUUAAAACUGAAAGAAAAAUGUUACUCAAAUACACGAGUGGUGCUCACUGUUACGGUCUGGAAUUAAGUGGGUGAUGACGCCCAGUAGGUAAACACUGAUAUAAGCUAGAACAUGAUUACAAACUGAUGUAAUUUAAUGAAUGAACACACUAAGAUGUUACUUUUAAAUGUUUUUGUUGUUUUGUCUUCCUUAGUUUUUACCUGUCUCAAUAAGAGUUCCCAUUCAGGCCAGUGUCCUUUUUUUAAUGUGACAUGUCGAGCAUUGUCCUCUAGCUGAUUUUCAUUCAACAGAUUAUGACGAUUAACUUGGAUGGGUAAUUGUGUUUUUUUUAAUUGCAUUGAUUAUUGUAAUGCUUCCAGAAAUUAGCACCCUGUCACCUUUCACAACACUGCCUUGCAUCUAAAUGUUACAGAAAAAGAUGAUCUUUCAGUAAUGCAGUCAGAACUGAUCACUACAGUUAUUUUACCCAGUGUUUAUAUAAAGCUGGCUGGUUCUAAUCAGUUUUAGCACAUGGUGCAAAUUUGACACUAGGCUUACAUUUUAUUUGAGCCCAUGCAGUUGAGUUGUUUUGAUGUGAAGACUUUUAAAUUUGGUUUCUUUAUUUUGUAGCACAGAUGAGUGGUUGAUUAUGCUUUUGAGAUGUGCUGUGCCUAGGGUAGAGUUAUUUUUUAGAGAGAUUUAAAUCUGCAAUAAAUACAUUUUCUUUUCAUUUUUUAAAGAGACCUAUUUUUAUUUUCAUUUCAAAAUUUCCCAACGUCUAUUUUUAGUGUUUUAAGUUUGAAAAAGGGACCAAGACAGAGACAUAUUGGGUAAUGUUAGGGGCUUUUCAUAGAUCUUAUCAUUUUCAAAAGUACUGGGGGAAUGAUCUUGUAAAUAUUGGUCGGUUGACAGCACUUUGGCAACUCAGUAAUGGUGUCAAUCACAGGCCACUGCAUGCCAAGGUACAUACCAUUUGCUCACCACUUCCGUGUGCAGUGUGGGCGCUGAAGAUGCACCAUGGGCAAGGCUUUCCAAAAGCAUAUGUGCAAAUAUUGUCCUUUGGCAUUUGAAUUCUGAGGUUACCAAUUGCUUUUUUAAUUGUAUUUCUCCCAGCCAGGCCCUGUUUUGCCUGUGUGUUUGUUUUUGUUUUUUUCUCAGUGCCUCCAGCUGACAAGCUUUAAGUAAAACUACUGUGACAUGACUGAUGACUUAGGGAGGGAGUGAUGGCUUUAAUGAUGAAGAGAUUACAGGCAGGCAGUCCUUUUGACUACUGAAAAAAAUGUAAACCCUCUUUUUCAUUGUCUACUAACACUGAUCUGCAGCUUAAAUAAUAGGAUAAAUGGUGGAUGGAUUUUAACAAAAGCUAUACUUAUACAAGUGAAUAACUAAAGCAUCUAGUUACAAUGUGUGAGAUCAGUGACAACUAAACCAUGGUAAAGGUGGUCUUCUAAACGGGACCCUGCAGGGCUUUGGAAACCAACCUAUGAACGCUAUGUGUUGUAUGCUUUAUGUUGAUUUUGAUCAACACAGUGACACCUUUUUAAUAUAUCAUCUAAAUCCUUGAUUUUAUGCAACUAACUGUACAUAACUGUAUACAUUUAUGUCAACUCUUUCCCUCUUACAAUACAAAAUGUUUUGUUGUUCUACAUGGGAAUUAUAUUCCCCACACUACAUGGACAGUUUAUGUGAACUAACCACAUUUCUUGGGAGAAUAAAGGCAAAUGUUUAUGCUGAUAAAACAGAUAUAUAAAGCCCUAUGAAAUAUAACGGAAUCACACUUUCAAUGUAUAUUUGUGUGUGCUUUAACACAUGAAACAUUUUAGAGAGUGUCUGAAAUUCAUCUAAGCUAGAUUAGAAUGUGAUUCUGUCUUAUUAAGAUAUUUAAGCCUGCUUUGCAUUCUUAUCUUAUCACAGCAUUGUUGCUUUGUCAGACACCUUGUCAGUAGGGCCAGAGAACAAACCAAGCAGACAUACAUGGCCACAGCUGACUUGCAAUUUUUCAGUACAGCCCAGGAUUUUUUUUUUCCUUUUGUUCAUUCACAUUUUUAACUGGAACCCAUGUUUACUGUGUAGGACAUUUGGAAUUUGUGGUUAAUAUGGCAGGGUACACGUGCUGCCUUACACCUUUUAAUCUCUGGCCCUAGAUAUAUUUGCAAAAGCAAUGCAUGCUGUAUAAACUAUAUUGCUACGGAAUAGUGGCUUGUAAUCCUUUAUACUCCAUGGAUGUGUCACCCCGUAGCUGUAAAACACUAAUACUGGCUAAUGUUGUGCAUGACAACAGGACUGACGUAUUGUGCCCCUUGAAAAGGCUACAUUUCUGAAAAAGCUUUAAAUUUCAUGAGAUUUUGCAGAAUGUUUUACUAUUGAGUGAAAGAGACAGCACAGUGCUAUGGAGUGAAUAAAUAAAUGUUGACCCCAAUAAAAAAAAAAACUGAAAUGCUAUUGAUUACAUGCAAUAAAGUUAUUUGUCUGGCCACUA